AAGAAAUAAAUAUAUAUUUAUUAACAAAACACUGAAUUUCUGCGUGUUUCUCGAAUAAAAAAAAAAAACUGUCAGAUAUACGUCCAAAAACCAAAUACAUAAAGGGAGACAAUUCCGUUUCAACAUGUGCUUUUUCCUUCUCGACUUCAAUUCAUUCCGUAAUGUUUUCUACACCAAACUUCUCACACAUUUCUUCGAAAGAUUACGAAAAAAUUUAUGAACCAGCAGAGGACACUUUUCUUUUGCUCGAUGCAAUCGAGAAGGACUUUCCUUUUAUCAAAAACCAACAACCAUUCAUUUGCGUUGAGAUAGGAUGCGGCAGUGGUGUUCCUUUAGUAUUUUUAGCCCGUGUUCUGGGACCAUCCUUGUUUUAUAUUUGUACAGACAUAAACAGAACAGCAGUACAGAUCGCCCGUGAUACGGCUUUUCACAACGAUGUGGUCGUCGAAGCAGUGGAAACUGAUUUAAUGUCUGGACUACUUCCGAGACUUUCAAACAAAGUAGAUAUUCUGUUAUUUAACCCGCCUUACGUGCCGACACCAAGUGAUGACAUCAAGUUUAAUGCUGACGAUCCCGUUGUUGCCUCGUGGGCCGGAGGCACCAAAGGACGUGAAGUCAUGGAUAGACUUUUCCCGCUUAUCCCCCACAUUCUGUCCGAAACAGGGAUACUUUAUUUGGUGGUUGUUGCCGAAAACGAUCCACCAGAUAUUCUAAAAACUAUGAAUAGUUAUGGACUGUGCGCUGAAACAGUCAUUUCUCGUCGCUCUGGACCUGAGCUGCUCAGUGUUAUAAGAUUUACCAAAAAAUCGAUUGUAAAUAAAUAACAUUUAUAAAAUUUCAUUAGACUGCGGC